GCGUGCCGCGUGAUCGCGGAACGUGCGAGAACAAAGUUACCGCCCUGCCGCGCCUUCGAGGGUUCCGUCGCGCGUGGUGUGCAGAUCUCAAGAAGCUGUUCCGCAGAAGAAAAGGCACACCAAAAAUCCACAAUGCAGCCCCAGAUCAUCCUGCUGAAGGAAGGCACAGACACAAGCCAGGGCAAGCCCCAGCUCAUCUCCAACAUCAAUGCCUGCUGCGCCGUGGUGGACGCCGUGCGCACCACCCUCGGGCCCCGCGGCAUGGACAAGCUGAUCGUCACCGAGAACGGCAAGGCCACCAUCUCCAACGACGGCGCCACCAUCAUGAAGCUGCUGAACGUGGUGCACCCGGCCGCCAAGACGCUGGUCGACAUCGCCAGGAGUCAGGACGCUGAGGUGGGUGACGGCACGACCAGCGUGGUGCUGCUGGCCGGCGAGCUCCUCAAGCAGGUCAAGCCGUACGUGGAGGAGGGCGUCCACCCGCAGGUCAUCAUCAGGGCCGUCCGCAAGGGCACCAUGAUGAUGAUCAAGCGCAUCAACGAGGUCGCCGUCAAGGUGUCGGGCAGCAGCGGCGACGCCGAGAAGUACGACCUGCUGCGCAAGUGCGCGGGCACCGCGCUCAUGUCAAAGCUGAUCCACCAGCAGAAGGACUUCUUCUCCAAGAUGGCCGUGGACGCCGUGCUGUCGCUGGACGAGCUGCUGCCGCUCAACAUGAUCGGCAUCAAGCAAGUGCAGGGCGGCGCAUUAGAGGACUCGGAGCUGGUGGCCGGCGUGGCGUUCAAGAAGACCUUCUCGUACGCCGGCUUCGAGAUGCAGCCCAAGUCGUACCGGCAGCCGAAGAUCGCGCUGCUGCAGAUCGAGCUGGAGCUGAAGGCCGAGCGUGACAACGCCGAGGUUCGACUCGACAACGUGGAGGAGUACCAGCGGGUGGUGGACGCCGAGUGGGACAUCUUGUACGACAAGCUGGACCGCAUCCACAAGUCGGGCGCCAAGGUGGUGCUUUCCCGGCUGCCGAUCGGAGACGUGGCGACACAGUACUUUGCGGACCGCGACAUGUUCUGCGCCGGCCGCGUGCCCGAGGAUGACCUGAAGCGUACAAUGAAGGCGUGCGGCGGCAGCAUCGUCACCACAGCCCACGACCUGGGCCCGACCACGCUCGGCCAGUGCGGCGUGUUCGAGGAGAGGCAGGUCGGCGGAGAGAGGUACAACUUCUUCAGCGAGUGCCCGCUGGCCAAGACGUGCACCCUGAUCCUGCGCGGGGGCUCGGAGCAGUUCCUGGAGGAGACGGAGCGCUCGCUCCACGACGCCAUCAUGAUCGUGCGCCGCGCCAUCAAGAACGACAGCGUCGUGGCCGGCGGCGGUGCGAUCGAGAUGGAGCUGUCGCGGCACCUGCGCCAGCACGCGCGCACCGUGGCCGGCAAGGAACAGCUGCUGAUGGACUGCCUAGCGCGUGCGCUGGAGAUCAUCCCGCGUCAGCUGUGCGACAACGCCGGCUUUGACUCUACCAACAUUCUCAACAAGCUGCGCCACACGCACGCCCAGGAGGGCGGCAUGUGGUUUGGCGUGGACAUCCAGAACGAGGACGUGGCCGACAACCUGGCCGCGUGCGUCUGGGAGCCGGCCGUCGUGCGCGUGAACGCGCUGACGGCGGCCAGCGAGGCCGCCUGCCUCGUGCUGUCCGUCGACAACACCAUCAAGAACCCUCGCUCGGGCGGCGAGGGCGGCGGCCCGCCGGCCGGCCGCGGCCGCGGCCGCCCCAUGUGAUGAGACGCCCGCGCGCCCCGGGCCCCGGCGGGGCUGCACUCAUUGGCCGUGCCCGGCCCUCGUUCCACUGACCUGCCUCCGUUCGGUUUCGUCACCAUUUAGUUGCAAGCGCCGUUCGCUGUCCGAGUGAAGAAUAUAGUACUAAUACGA